UAACCAAGCUGACGCUGGUAGGCUUCGUCUAUUUGAAAAAUGUAUUAUCGCAAUGUAGCAUCGCUGCAUCAGGUACAUCACAUCUCCGCGGUUGUUAUCGCGCAAUAUGUUCUUUACACGUUAAGCCACCGGAUUGCUUUAGUUAUCCACCUGCUGACACGCCGAAUCUUCUAUUUUCUUAUUAGCAUUACUGCCACUCUUCAUACGACACUCAUCGCGAUCGCACAUGUAAUGCUGCCGGUCCGUCACUAGGUCGACAGCGCGUUAAAAAAAAGUGCCGAGUGACAAUACUAUUUCGUACUUUUUACAAACUUUGUUGUUUGUAAAUGAGCAUUGUUUGCGUAAACAACAAUUCGUCAACUCAUGUUUAUUUACAAUAUCUUGAUAUUUUACGCUACGAGAAUGGUAGUGCAACGAACUUUCCUAAUUGCACUUUUAUUUGUACAAGUAUAUUUUUCGCGUGGCCUUACGGAAGAUGACGACAUUUGUUAUCAUCCACGUGCCGACGAUCAUCUCGAGUGUGAUUUUGAGAAAAGUCGGCAACGUCUUAUUUGUUUCAACGGGUUUAAAGAUGAGUGGAGAGCGAGGGCUGAAAAUGUGCAGGUACUUAUACUUUGCGUAUGGCCGAAGGCAACGUUUGAUCCUCAAGAGAUCCUACGAGGAUUCACAUUCUUACGAAGGUUAAUGAUAGCGAACAGUAACUUAACUCGAUUAUCAACCGCAUUUCCGAGCGAGAUGCAAUUUCUGGAGAAAAUCAAUGUGACCGGCACCAGACUGCGCUCACUACCGAAAGAUGCGUUCUCUAAUCUGCGGACUUUGAGAUGCCUCGAUUUAAGAAACAAUACUCUCGAAGAAAUCAAUAUUGAGGCUUUCAAUGUACCUACGUUGCAGCACGUAUAUCUGACUGGUAAUCCAUUGAGAUGUACGGAGGAUGUAGCGUGGAUUUUGGACUCCAGUGAAGGAUCAGCCGCGAGUAAAGUCGCCGACAAAGACAAAUUACUUUGCGCCACGCCGUAUGAUGGAAGACCGCUUGUCCCGAUCGUCGAGAUAAUCGUGACGUUGAAGAAGGAAUGCGAAAGAACAGUUUGCGACUGCGAAUUAAUUUACGUGGUUGGACGUGCGGUCAAACUUAGUCCGCAGAGGCAGCUUAUAGCUUUUAUUUCGGUCAACUGUAGUCAUCGUGGUUUAACGGAAAUGCCCAAAUUUGUACCCACGGAUACGACGUCCCUUCGUCUAAGUGGAAACAAGAUCCAAGACCUAACUCCGCUUGCGACAAAUCCCUCUUAUAAGUCUGUGCUGGACCUCUACAUAGACGAUAAUCUGGUAGAAUCUAUCGCUCGGCUUGAAGGAUCAGACUGGCUGGACCGUUUCCGACUCCUUAAUCUUCGAGGAAAUAAACUUACUGAUUUGCCUACUUACGCUCUGGAGAACGCAUUGCUGGACAACGGCCAUGUAGCGAGCCUGUACCUCGGCAAUAAUUCGUGGACAUGCGACUGUCACUUCACUCCGAGCUUUCAGGAUCUUCUGAUCAGGCAUUCAAAUAUAAUAAAAGAUAUCAACGACAUAAGAUGCGCUUUCACUAGUGACAGCGAUAACUCAAACAAACAGAUCCGCGAUCUUACGCGGACAGAGAUCUGCAUUUCACCGAACGAAGAUUCUUGGCUUCAUCCCCUCGACAUUUUGAACAUCGUAUUGGCAUCAUUAAUAUUCCUCGUGCUUGGCAAGCUUUUGUAUGAUUACUGGUCUUUUAAGAAAACCGGAAAGCUACCUUGGAUCGUCGCCAAAAUACCAUGAUAGCGGUACAAAUGUCUCUUACUUCUUGCAAAAAAAAAAAGCAAUCGAGAGUUUGAUGAUUAGUGUAUGGAAAUUGCAGCAAAGAGAUAAAUAUAUUUGCAUUUUUUUUAACUUAAAUAAAGUCCUCCAGCACACAUACUUCUGUUUGGAGGUCUAACGUACUAACAUUGAAUUUAAUUAAACUUUUUUAACGUAAGUUAUAAAAGUAAACAAAGACAAGAUACAAAAAUGUAUUUAGAUCGAAUAAAAAAUUUUAAUUAUAUAAAACUUAACUGUUAUAUGUAUUUUGAUGUAUUAUCUAU